AUGUCUCGAAACGAUAACACUGAUAUGCUUGAAUUGACAGCCUACUACCGUGAGGUGGUCCGCCAGAUGAUGUACUGUAACGGAGAUCUCGAAGAUCCAUUGCCGUCCUGUGUUGAGAUGGUGUUGAAUAUGGCUAAAUACCAAAUGGUCAAAGUGCUUGAAGACGCCUGGCAGCGCGCUGUCGGCCAGAAUAGGGAGACGAUAAUCCUUGAAGACGUUUUGUUUCUCUUCAGAAGGCAUAAGUUUUUGCUGAAGAGACUUCUACACUUCGCUGAUACAGCUGAGCGCAUUAACGAGUUGAAGCGAGCAGCUCCACAGACGGCGAAAUUGGACGAGGAGCCUGACCAGGAAAACAGCAUGGACGAUGAUGACGUUGUCGGCGUAGCGAGCACCAGCGUACCCGACUCAAAUCUCAGUCGAAUGCUGAAGUAUGUGGAUUCCCUGAACUUGGGAGAGAGCGCAGAACAAUUGUUCACAGCGCCUGAUCAGGAACUCGAGCAAAGGCAGCGUCGAAUUGCCGAUAUUGUCAUGAACGAGCUCUCUUCGGAGGAGUACCCUCGAUUUACUGCAGCGCGCACAGCUACAUUCCUCGACGACCUCAAGAGGCAUCCAAGAAAGUAA